GUUUGCCUGCAAUGAGAUUUGCUUCUCUCCGUUUAAAGGAUAUCCUUUCUGAGCUGCUGUGAAUAAAUUUGGAAUGAUACUGUAUAUUUUCGUCUAAUGGAGAAUUAGCUGCAUCUUGAAUAAGGAUUGCUGCACUGGGCAACUUCAGAACGUUACUCACCAUGUCGUCGAACAGGAGUCAGAACCCGCAUGGACUGAAGCAGAUUGGCCUUGACCAGAUCUGGGACGACCUCCGCGCUGGAAUCCAGCAGGUGUACACCAGACAGAGUAUGGCCAAGUCCAGGUACAUGGAACUCUACACUCACGUCUAUAACUACUGUACCAGCGUACACCAGUCAAACCAAGCACGAGGAGCCGGGGUCCCUCCUUCCAAGUCGAAAAAGGGGCAGACGCCCGGAGGAGCCCAGUUCGUGGGCCUGGAGUUAUACAAACGACUUAAGGAGUUUUUGAAGAAUUACUUGACAAAUCUUCUUAAGGAUGGAGAGGACUUGAUGGAUGAGAGUGUCCUGAAAUUCUACACUCAGCAAUGGGAAGAUUACCGAUUUUCAAGCAAAGUGCUGAAUGGAAUUUGUGCCUACCUCAAUAGACAUUGGGUUCGCCGUGAAUGUGAUGAAGGACGGAAAGGAAUAUAUGAAAUCUAUUCACUUGCAUUGGUGACUUGGAGAGACUGUCUGUUCAGGCCGUUGAAUAAACAGGUAACAAAUGCUGUCUUAAAACUGAUAGAAAAGGAAAGAAAUGGUGAAACCAUCAACACAAGACUGAUUAGUGGAGUUGUACAGUCUUACGUGGAAUUGGGGCUGAAUGAAGAUGAUGCAUUUGCAAAGGGCCCUACGUUAACAGUGUAUAAAGAAUCCUUUGAAUCUCAAUUUUUGGCUGACACGGAGAGAUUUUAUACCAGAGAGAGUACUGAAUUCUUGCAACAGAACCCAGUUACUGAAUAUAUGAAAAAGGCAGAGGCUCGUCUGCUUGAGGAGCAGCGAAGAGUUCAGGUGUACCUUCAUGAGAGCACACAAGACGAACUAGCCAGGAAAUGUGAGCAGGUCCUCAUCGAGAAGCACUUGGAAAUCUUCCACACAGAGUUUCAGAAUUUACUGGAUGCUGACAAAAAUGAAGACCUGGGGCGCAUGUACAACCUUGUAUCCAGAAUCCAGGAUGGCCUAGGAGAGCUGAAAAAACUGCUGGAGACUCACAUCCACAAUCAGGGUCUUGCAGCAAUCGAAAAGUGUGGAGAAGCUGCUUUAAAUGACCCCAAAAUGUAUGUGCAGACGGUGCUGGACGUUCACAAAAAAUACAACGCGCUGGUGAUGUCGGCCUUCAACAAUGAUGCCGGCUUCGUGGCUGCGCUAGACAAGGCUUGCGGGCGCUUCAUCAACAACAAUGCCGUUACCAAGAUGGCGCAGUCAUCCAGUAAGUCCCCAGAGCUGCUGGCUCGGUACUGUGACUCCUUGUUGAAGAAAAGCUCCAAGAACCCAGAAGAGGCAGAACUAGAAGACACACUCAAUCAAGUGAUGGUCGUCUUCAAGUACAUAGAGGACAAAGACGUGUUUCAGAAGUUCUACGCCAAGAUGCUGGCCAAGAGACUCGUCCAUCAGAACAGCGCGAGCGACGAUGCCGAGGCAAGCAUGAUCUCCAAGUUAAAGCAAGCUUGUGGUUUUGAGUAUACCUCUAAACUUCAGCGGAUGUUCCAGGACAUUGGCGUAAGCAAAGAUUUAAACGAACAGUUCAAAAAGCACCUGACAAAUUCAGAACCACUAGACUUGGACUUCAGUAUUCAAGUCCUGAGCUCCGGAUCCUGGCCCUUUCAGCAGUCUUGUACGUUCGCCUUGCCGUCAGAGUUGGAACGAAGCUAUCAACGAUUCACGGCCUUCUACGCGAGCCGGCCCUCCGGGGGGAGCCGGCACAGUGGCAGGAAGUUGACGUGGUUAUAUCAGCUGUCAAAGGGAGAGCUGGUAACUAACUGCUUCAAAAACAGAUACACUUUGCAGGCAUCUACAUUCCAGAUGGCAAUUCUACUUCAGUACAACACAGAAGAUGCCUACACUGUACAGCAGCUGACUGACAGCACUCAAAUUAAAAUGGACAUUUUGGCCCAAGUCCUACAGAUUUUAUUGAAGUCGAAGUUAUUGGUCUUGGAAGAUGAAAAUGCAAAUGUCGACGAGGUGGAAUUGAAGCCAGACACCUUAAUAAAACUGUAUCUUGGUUAUAAAAAUAAGAAAUUAAGGGUCAACAUCAAUGUGCCAAUGAAAACGGAACAGAAGCAGGAACAGGAAACCACACACAAGAACAUUGAGGAGGACCGCAAACUGCUGAUCCAGGCGGCCAUCGUGAGGAUCAUGAAGAUGAGGAAGGUUCUGAAACACCAGCAGCUGCUCGGCGAGGUCCUGACACAGCUGUCCUCCAGGUUCAAGCCUCGGGUCCCCGUGAUCAAGAAAUGCAUCGACAUUCUGAUUGAGAAAGAGUAUUUGGAGCGAGUUGAUGGUGAAAAGGACACUUACAGUUACUUGGCUUAACCCUUCUAGAAGGGUCUGACUGUGACCCGCAGCAAAUAGUUCAUGAUGAAAAGAAUGGAAACGACUCGAGCUCAUAGCAGCCAGCCUGCCGCCAUUUGGACCUCCCUUUUUACCUCUGAGACCCAGACUCUCGCCCGCUGGUCUCAGGUUGACAUCAGAACUGCUCAGGAUUGACACAUUUCAAGUCUGUAAAUAGGACACCAACGCCAUUUAGCCUACCCGGAGAACGGGAAUGAACCUGUGCGAGGCUGCAUGCUGCCGCAUCUCAGUCACCACGCUGGCCGCCUGCUGGCGGCUGCCGGCCCGGGCAGCGCCUGCGAGGUCGCCAGCACUUGGAGAGCAAGUCCGAAUGGAGCCACGUGUAAUCUGCUAUGAAAACCAUUUGUAUAGUGUGUUUCAUUUUUUAAUGUGUGAAAAUAAAGAAAAUUAAAGGA